AUGGCUACCCAGCGUUACCCUAGAGGCAAUUUUCGACGAUUCAAAAGAAGCGCCACAGUUUCGACAUCCGUGGCGUCUGCAUAUCCCUAUCCCCACAUCCCGGAGGCUGCACAAGACAGGGCUGCGGAUACGUUAACUGGCCCGUUUGCUUCCGAACCGUUUUCUGUCCAACGAGUCGUGCAGAGAACAAGCUCUUCUGAAUGGGGAGAUGAGGCGACAGCGACGGCACGCUCCACUCUUGAGCCAAUCGUGAACGCUGGGAAUGAAGAGCUCUUUCGCACGUUCCAUCCCGCGUUAGCGUCUGUGGCUUGUGUAAUGGCUGUCCGUCUCCGGAGAAGCGAGCCGUAUAUCUGGGUUGUUGUUCUUCAACCCGAUACGGAUACCGACGCCAUUGGCACCCAUGCUGGGGAUAGGGAGAUCCACUUCCGUCCUGCGUUUCUCUCUGCGUGGCGCGAGGGCGUCUUACUUGUUGGGCCGCCUGGGCCACAGAGAUUGCCAGUCAAUGUGAGGCGUAUGCUCACUGCUAAAGAUCUGAACGACGCGCGACUCUACUGGCCAAAGUCUAUCGGCAUUAGAAUUCUCAUCUCAGGACUCGCCCUUAUGAUAUAUGCAAACAAGAGCGAUUUGCAUCGGGACAGAGAACGUUGCCCGUUGACCUUUGGGGAAUUGGAGGUUGGAUAUAUUUUAGAAGAUUACAUCCCAACAGCAGAUACACCGGGGCGAAUCGUGGAUAUAGGCCAUACUGUUGCUCUAGCAGAAGCUGCCCCACCAUCCGCAGCCCUUGGGCUACGUUUGCGUCUUCGAAACGGUGUCGAAGCAAUUACUGUUGUUACGCAUGCGUUUAUACCUGAGUGUCGAGGGAGCGUUAUGGAAUAUUUCUCUUAUUGGGUGAACAAUGCUAAGAAGACGCUUUCAAGAUUUCUCCCGUUUGCAGCAGCAAAGAACUUACCACUAGAUGCUGAAGUUCGUGAGGCUAUCACCUACCGCUCCCCGUUGGGGAAAACAGUUUGGCUUGCAAAUACGAAUACCAAGAUUGGGAGAAUUGCAUAUACGUAUGAUGAGCCGCAUCCGUCCCGACCGUACCCAUCGGGGUACAAACAUGAUCUUUCCCUAGUUGUUGGCCAGCUAGUUGAUCUUAAGCCGCCCUGGGGUAUCCAAGAAAUGAAAUGGGCUGAGUAUCAAGAUGCUCUUGAUAAUGCAGGUUCUGCAUUUAUUUGCAUGUUUCAGUCCCCCGAUGAUGACGGGGCCGCCCGACGUGGCUGUAUCUCUACCGAGCAAGCUCCCCGUGCAGUUUUAGAAGGAACAGAAUACCUCUGGGACAGAGAAAACAUGACUUCGAGUGCUGCGCUAAUUUGGCGCACUAUCCCUACAUCUAUCGAUCUAAGAAGCUGGUCUGGUUGUGCCCUGUGCCUGGGAAGCCCCUCCGAUAGGACCGUCCAAGUUGUUGUCUUCCAAAACUUUCAGUGUGUAAUUCGGAAAGAUGGAACAGAGUCUGAUCCGAACGGGCCGACAACUUUUGAUUAUUUCAAGGGCGGGUUCCUCUUACCAGAGGAUAUAAGACAAGCAGAGAUCAUACUAAGCCCACAGGAACUUCCCGCCAGGAGAGCCUUUCAAUCUGAGCCCACAUCGGAUCCUCCUACUCGUGGGCAUGGAUGGAAGGAGUUCAGCUCCCCAUGCUAG